AUGAUUAUUUGCUGGAUUCUGGUUGGAUUGAUGAUUUUUCGAGGAAUGAAAAUGAUUGGGAAAAUUAGUUAUGUGAGUUUUUUCUUAAGAGACAUUAGGGUAAACAGUAGAAUCAAAAUUUAUACAAGUGGUAAUCGAAGUUUGAAAUCUUGGUUUUUCUUUUGUGAAAAUUUUGAAACAGUAGAAUUUUUUGGGAAUGUUUUCUUGUUUCAAAAAUUGGAUCUUAUUUUGAAAAAAUUUUUGAAACAGCAAAACAUUUUGAAGAAAUUUGUUUACUGACGGGAUGUAUGACUCAGCAAUUUUUGUUUCGAACAUUUUUACUUGAUGAAAUUCUGAAACAGUGAAUUUUAUUCAUAAAAACAUAUUUUCCAAUGAAUUUUCGAAUAUUUCCAGGCUAAUGUGAUUCUCCCAUAUUCCCUCAUCAUAAUUUUAUUCAUCCUUGGAUUGACUUUGGAUGGCGCAUCAGAUGGUUUAUCUCAUUUCUUCCUGCAUCCAAAAUUUUCCCAAAUAUUUUCAUUUGAAAUCUGGUCGGAAGCAUUGAAACAAUUAUGUAUUUCAUUUUCAAUUGGAUAUGGCUCAAUAAUAUCACUUUCCUCUUAUAACUAUUCGAAAAAUAAACAACAAAAAUCUCCAAAUUGCUUCAUUUUAUCAAUAAUUAUCCUAACUGCUAAUAUAUUUUUGAGUAUUUCGAGCGGAGCUACGGUUUUUUCGAAUUUGGGAUUUUUGGCGAAGCAGAGGAAGUCAAGUAUUUUUGAGAUUGUUGAGAAUCGAAAAAGUUUGAUAUUUGUGGCUUAUUUGGAAGUUUUUGGAGAAUUGGAUGUUUCGUGGAUUUGGGUUUUUAUAUUGUUCUUGAUGAUGUUUUUGAUGGGAUUGAGUGCAGAAAUUGGUGAGUUUUUUGGAAUAUUUUCGGUCAAGAUUAUUACCAAAAAAAUUAUAUAUAUUUUUUUAGUUAAAAUUUGAAACAGUAAAGUUUACAAAAUUGAAAUAAAUUUUUUCGAGAUUGAAAUUUUCUCAAAAAAUUUAAUGCAAGAUGAAUGAAAUAUGUUUUAUCAAAAGAAUAUCUGAAUUUUUUGAUAUUCAAAUUUUGAAACAGUAAUUUUCUAGAAAAAUGUUUUCAAUCAUUUUUUUCCAGCUAACCAAAAGCUCACAAAAAUUAUACAAAUAGUAAAUUCAAAAUCAAAUUUUCCAAUUUUUUCAGCGCUGCUCGAAACGUUUUGCUCAAACAUCUAUGACAAAUUUCCAAAAAUGCGUCGGAAAAAAUAUAUUGUGGUCCCAAUCUACAUUUUUCUUCUCUCCAUUCUCGGCCUGAUUUUUUCAACAUCUUCUGGAUUUUAUUGGUUCGAAAUAAUCGAUGAAUAUUCGAGUUCAAUUGCAAUAUUUUCAAUUUUAUCACAAACUCUGGUUCUAAUGUAUAUUUAUGGUUCAAAACAUAUUCGACAAGAUAUUAUUGAUUUGUUAGGAGUUUCGUCACAUUUUCAAUUAUUUUUUGGUGCAAAUUCGCCAUUUUGGAGAUUUAAUUGGAUGUUUAUUAGUCCAAUUAUUGCAAUUAUUGGUUUAUUAAUUUGUAUGUGUCAAAAUGGAUUUUCGAUUUUUGGCUGGAUUUUGGUGAUUCUUCCAAUUUCAAUAGUCCCAAUUUUUGCGAUCAUCAAUUUUAUUCGAUUCAAAAAAGUUUCAAAAUCUGCUCUACAACUUCAAAAAGACCAUCCAUCUUAUGAUCGAAUUAAAGGAAAAUUAAUAUCCAAAAAAGUUGCUGAAAAAAGUUUACCAGAAGCAUCUCCAAAAAUUAUAAAAGCACCUGAAGUCUUACAAAAAUCGCGAAGAAAAUCGGAGAAAAAAUGCACGAAUUUGGACAGGAAAAUGUUGAAAGAAAUUCGAAUUGAAAUUGAGGAAAUGAAAGAGGAUUUGGAGAAUUUGGCUGAUAAAAUUGAUGAUAUUCAAGAGGAAUUGAAAUGUGAACCGUCUUGA